CGAGGCAGCGCGGAGCCGCCGCGGGCCGGGCCCAUCCCGCCGCAGCGGGCCCGGGGCCGAGCGGGGCCCGGAGCGCGGCCAGAAUGGUGCUAGAAGGAAACCCGGAAGUGGGGUCCCCCCGCACCUCUGACCUCCAGCACCCCGGGAGCAAGGGCUCUUGUGUCCUCUCUUCUGGUGAAGGCGCACAGCCGGACGAAGAGCCCAUCAAGUAUGGCGAACUCAUCGUCCUGGGAUGCUGUGAGGAAGGAGGUGAGGAAACGGAGGCUGGCCCGAGGGCACGCGGCUGCUACAACGGGUGUCUGGCCAGCGGGGACAGGGGCCGCCGGCGGAGUCGCCUGGCCCUGAGUCGCCGGCCGCACGCCAAUGGGGUGAAGCCGGACGUCAUGCACCACAUCUCCACGCCGCUCGUCUCCAAGGCACUGAGUAACCGAGGCCAGCACAGCAUCUCGUACACGCUGUCCCGGAGCCACUCGGUCAUAGUGGAGUACACACACGACAGCGACACAGACAUGUUCCAGAUCGGCCGCUCCACGGAGAACAUGAUCGACUUUGUGGUCACGGACACGUCCCCUGGAGGAGGGGCUGCCGAGGGCCCCUCCGCCCAGAGCACCAUCUCCCGCUACGCCUGCCGGAUCCUCUGUGCCCGCCGGCCGCCCUAUACUGCCCGCAUCUACGCUGCUGGCUUCGACGCCUCCAGCAACAUCUUCCUUGGAGAGCGGGCGGCCAAAUGGCGGACCCCCGACGGCCUGAUGGACGGCCUGACCACCAACGGCGUCCUGGUGAUGCACCCAGCAGGCGGCUUCUCCGAGGACUCGGCCCCGGGUGUCUGGCGGGAGAUCUCAGUGUGCGGGAAUGUGUACACGCUGCGGGACAGCCGCUCAGCCCAGCAGCGGGGGAAGCUGGUGGAAGACGAGUCCAACGUGCUUCAGGACGGCUCGCUCAUCGACCUGUGCGGGGCCACACUGCUGUGGCGCACGCCGGCGGGGCUGCUGCGGGCACCCACGCUGAAGCAGCUGGAGGCCCAGCGGCAGGAGGCAAACGCGGCCCGGCCCCAGUGCCCCGUGGGCCUCAGCACCCUGGCCUUCCCUAGCCCAGCCCGCGGCCGCACUGCACCUGACAAGCAACAGCCCUGGGUCUACGUCCGCUGCGGCCACGUUCAUGGCUACCACGGUUGGGGCUGCCGGCGGGAGCGGGGUCCCCAGGAACGGGAGUGUCCCCUCUGCCGUCUGGUGGGGCCCUACGUGCCCCUGUGGCUCGGCCAGGAGGCUGGCCUCUGCCUGGACCCCGGGCCGCCCAGCCAUGCCUUUGCGCCCUGCGGCCAUGUGUGCUCUGAGAAGACUGCCCGCUACUGGGCCCAGACGCCACUGCCCCAUGGCACCCACGCCUUCCACGCUGCCUGUCCCUUUUGCGGGGCCUGGCUCACCGGCGAGCAUGGCUGCGUCCGUCUCAUAUUCCAGGGCCCACUGGACUAGGCUCCCUGGGGCCCCUGCCGCCGUGCCCGCCUGCCCACCCAGGUUCCCCCAGCCCCUGCAGCCCAGAGGAGCUCUGCAUGUGGGACUCUUGCCUGCUGGCCCGUAGCCACACGGAUGGACACGUCGGACGGGCUGUGCCCUCCCCUCUUAACUCUGGCCCCCCAAGGGGUCCCCACGAUCUCCACCCCGGUCAUACUGAUGGGACCUGCAGCACCAGCUCUGUCCGAGGCUGCUGGGGGAAAGCCCAGCCCUAUGCCCUACCCUUCCUGGGCCAUCCCACAUCUCACCGCCUACACUGUGCCCCUGGGGGAGUGAAGGAGCCCUGGCCCCUGACCCUCAGCUUAGACUGGCCGCGCUCUGAGCCUGCCAACCCGACUCCAGAUAGUCAUCGUCUCCGCUGCCCCUGGGCCCCUGGACGCCUCGCUGCUCUGCUGCUCCCAAACCCACGUGUCCCGCAUGCGUGCAGCGCUCCAGCCCCUGAGCACGGGAGGGUGCAGGCAGCUGGGAUCCGCAUUUGCUGCCGCCUACCUUGGGCUGGACUGCGUGCCAGGUGGGCUCUAGGCGCACAGACCGUGAGACCUGGGCUCCCCGCCUGGCAGAGCCCAGUCCAGCAGAGGACAGACCAGAGUAGCCGAUGGCAGCACAACUACAGGCAUGCGCGGAUCAGAGGAUGAGAGGCUGCCGGCAAUCCGAGCUGGGUGGGAAAGUGAGCUAGGCUUCCCGGAGGAGGAGGCACAGGGGCUCAGCUCAGACGAAAGGGAGGGUCCGGGCACAGCCGGCAUGUGGGGGCUGUGCUGACCUGGGGAGAUGCAGGGGGGUGGAGCAACAGACCCAGGGUGGCUGGAGUAGAGGGUGGGGCUGUGCUGACCUGGGGAGAUGCUGGCUGGAGGCUGCUGGCCUCUUGUGGACAGACAGCUAAGAGUCAACCAAGAGGGGAGACUGGAUUUGCGAUUCCGGAGCAUCGGCUGUGACACAAGGGCUACCAUUUCCGAACACCUGCCACGAGCCCUGCCCUGUGCUAAUGACAAUAAUAACUGUUGGCUGAGACUCACCAAGCACCAGGCUCUGCUUCUCCGGGGGGGGG